UGUUGUUCUCUUUUUACCCCAGCAAUCUGGGAUACUCCUGCCUGUCUUCCCAGAUGCACUGCACAUCUACUGAGCAGAGGAAAAGACCUCUGUUCAGUGACUUCUCAAAAUGAGCAUUGACUUGGGCAAGGCAAAUGAACCCAACCACGUGGAGCUGGGGCGCAAGGAUGAUGCCAAGGUUCACAAGAUGUUUCUGGACCACACUGGCUCUCACCUGCUGAUUGCUCUGAGCAGCACUGAGGUCCUCUAUGUGAACCGUAAUGGACAGAAGGUCCGGCCACUGGCACGCUGGAAGGGGCAGCUGGUGGAGAGUGUGGGCUGGAACAAGGCACUGGGCACCGAGAGCAGCACUGGCCCCAUCCUGGUCGGCACCGCCCAAGGCCAGAUCUUCGAAGCAGAGCUCUCAGCCAGCGAGGGUGGGCUUUUUGGCCCCGCCCCAGAUCUCUACUUCCGCCCAUUGUAUGUACUAAACGAAGAAGGGGGUCCAGCACCUGUGUGCUCCCUCGAGGCCGAGCGGGGCCCUGACGGGCGUGGCUUUGUUAUCGCCACCACCCGGCAGCGCCUCUUCCAGUUCAUAGGUCGAGCAGCAGAGGGGGCUGAGGCCCAGGGCUUCGCGGGGCUCUUCGCUGCCUACACCGACCACCCACCCCCAUUCCGUGAGUUCCCCAGCAGUCUGGGCUACAGUGAGUUGGCCUUCUAUACCCCCAAGUUGCGCUCCGCACCUCGGGCCUUCGCCUGGAUGAUGGGGGAUGGCGUGUUGUACGGAGCAUUGGACUGCGGGCGUCCUGAUUCCCUGCUGAGCGAGGAGCGAGUCUGGGAGUACCCAGAGGGGGUAGGUCCGGGGGCCAGCCCACCCCUGGCUCUCGUCCUGACCCAGUUCCACUUCCUGCUGCUGCUGGCGGACCGGGUGGAGGCAGUGUGCACGCUGACGGGGCAGGUGGUGCUGCGGGAUCACUUCCUGGAGAAGUUUGGGCCCCUGAAGCACAUGGUGAAGGACUCUUCCACGGGCCACCUGUGGGCCUACACUGAGCGUGCCGUCUUCCGCUACCACGUGCAGCGGGAAGCCCGGGAUGUCUGGCGCACCUACCUGGACAUGAACCGCUUCGACCUGGCCAAAGAGUAUUGUCGAGAGCGGCCUGACUGCCUGGACACAGUCCUGGCCCGGGAGGCCGAUUUCUGCUUUCGCCAGCGUCGUUACCUGGAGAGCGCCCGCUGCUACGCCCUGACCCAGAGCUACUUUGAGGAGAUUGCCCUCAAGUUCUUGGAGGCCCGACAGGAGGAGGCUCUGGCUGAGUUCUUACAGCGAAAACUGGCCGGUUUGAAGCCAGCCGAGCGCACCCAGGCCACACUGCUUACCACCUGGCUGACGGAGCUUUACCUGAGCCGGCUCGGAGCGCUGCAGGGCGAUCCCGAGGCCCUGAACUUGUACCGGGAAACCCGGGAGCGCUUCCGGUCCUUCCUCAGCAGCCCCCGCCACAAGGAGUGGCUCUUUGCCAGCCAGGCCUCCAUCCACGAACUGCUCGCCAGCCACGGGGACACAGAACACAUGGUGUACUUCGCCGUGAUCAUGCAGGACUAUGAGCGCGUGGUGGCAUACCACUGCCAGCAUGAGGCCUACGAAGAGGCCCUGGCGGUGCUUGCUCGCCACCGCGACCCCCAGCUCUUCUACAAGUUCUCGCCCGUCCUCAUUCGUCACAUCCCCCGCCAGCUGGUGGAUGCUUGGAUUGAGCUGGGCAGCCGGCUGGAUGCCCGGCAGCUCAUCCCUGCCCUGGUGAACUAUAGCCAGGGUGGCGAAGCCCAGCAGGUGAGCCAGGCCAUCCGCUACAUGGAGUUCUGCGUGAAUGUGCUCGGCGAGACGGAGCAGGCGAUUCACAAUUACCUGCUGUCGCUAUAUGCCCGGGGCCAGCCGGCCUCGCUGCUGGCCUACCUUGAGCAGGCCGGUGCCAGCCCGCACCGCGUGCAUUACGACCUCAAGUAUGCGCUGCGUCUCUGUGCUGAGCACGGCCACCACCGUGCCUGUGUCCACGUCUAUAAGGUCCUAGAGCUGUACGAGGAGGCUGUGGACCUGGCCCUGCAGGUGGACGUGGACCUGGCCAAACAGUGUGCUGACUUGCCCGAGGACGACGAGGAACUGCGUAAGAAACUGUGGCUGAAGAUUGCUCGGCACGUGGUGCAGGAGGAGGAGGACGUGCAGACGGCCAUGGCCUGCCUGGCCAGCUGCCCCCUGCUGAAGAUCGAGGAUGUGCUGCCCUUCUUUCCUGACUUCGUCACCAUCGACCACUUCAAGGAGGCGAUCUGCAGCUCGCUCAAGGCCUACAACCACCACAUCCAGGAGCUGCAGCGGGAGAUGGAAGAGGCCACGGCCAGCGCCCAGCGCAUCCGGCGAGACCUGCAGGAGCUGCGGGGCCGCUACGGCACGGUGGAGCCACAGGACAAGUGUGCCACCUGUGACUUCCCCCUGCUCAACCGCCCUUUUUACCUCUUCCUCUGUGGCCACAUGUUCCAUGCUGACUGCUUGCUGCAGGCCGUGCGGCCUGGCCUGCCGGCCUAUAAGCAGGCCCGGCUCGAGGAGCUGCAGCGGAAGUUGGGGGCUGCUCCGGCCCCUACUAAGGGCUCUGCCCGCGCCAAGGAGGCCGAGGGUGGGGCUGCCACGGCGGGGCCCAGUCGGGAACAGCUCAAGGCUGAUCUCGAUGAACUGGUGGCCGCCGAGUGCGUGUACUGUGGGGAGCUGAUGAUCCGCUCCAUUGACCGGCCCUUCAUUGACCCCCAGCGCUAUGAGGAGGAGCACCUCAGUUGGCUGUAGGAAGAAGGGUGUUGGCCUGCUGGGUGGGUAGGCAGUCAGGGCAGUUGCCCCUUCUUGGGAAGGCCACACUAUGGUCUCUGGUCCGGCGUCUGGAGGCCGCUGGGCCGUGACAGUGUUGGGGAGAGUGGAAUUAUAGCUGUCGCCUGUAAGGUGUCAUCUGUGAGUGUAUUCUGCCACUGGCCGCGCUGUUCUUGAGAGACGCCUUGGAGCUGCUCUUCCGCCAGGCCAUCUGCGUGCCUCCCAAUAGAGGGCCUUAGCCUGGAGAAGUCAGAAUUCUCACCUCAUCACCGUCCCCCUCCAUCUAACAGUCCUCUUUACGCCCCACAGACAUCCUGUUCACCUUCUAGAGUGAGAGUACCAUUCUUCCUUUUCACUCUGUGGCCCUUCUCCCUCAGGGGAAGGCCUCUCCCCAUGUCUGCCCCUAGAUCCCAGAGCAAAAAGGCAGCCCCUCCAAGUCGUGGGCACGGAGGGUGGGAAAGGUGGUGCCGGUAGGGGGCACCUCUUGUGUCCACCUUUUGGGGCUCUGGUGUGGGGGUGCCCUGGGACAGAGGGCCUCAUGGAGGACAGGGGGAGAUGGUGAUGGGGGCAGGGCUCAUUAAACCGCGUGCACUGCA